AUGCAGUCCGUUCCAACGCCUGGUUCAUCGCGUGUGCGACUCGAGUACUACCGGUAUGAGGUCACUUUCGGUAUCUAUGUCAUGACUGCGAGCGAGAAAUGGGUCACCAAUACUAUCGUUUUGACUGUGUUGAUACUUCUACUGUGGGCACUUGUCCUAUACUUUCCAUCGUUGCUGUACACCAAGCUGAGUCGCCUGGUGUGGCUGUUGACUGGUCAUAAUAGCCAGGGAGUCAGUACAGUCUUGCGCAUUCUCGAUAAGUACGACAAUCCAUCAACGCCUAUAGCCAUCGCUAAACAUGCCAUUGCCUCUUAG